GCCAUGCACGACCAUCACCAAAAAAGAAAAGGUGCAAACAUUUUAAGCACCAAUAUACAGCAGGAGCUAAUGACAAAGUUCUAGUAGCAAUGAAGCAAAAGACUAUAAGAGGGUGAUUAAUGCCAAGAGCUUGAGCAGGACGAGGGUUUGAAAUGACGGAGCCAAGGUACCGUCUCAUAUUUUUACCUUUUGGAAGAAUAAAAUCAUAUAGAGAAAAUAUAUAUCAAAUUCGAAUUUGCUCAUAAGCCAAUUACGAUGUCAACACACAGACAAAGUAUAACGAUCACGAUUACUCUCAAUGUAUAAUCCAACGUUUUUUUUUUAUAUUUGGAUAUAAAAAUUUAAGUAAGAAGCGUAUGAAAAUCAACUGGAAAUAACGCAAUCAACUAUCAUAGUCAUUUACCCAAAUUAAGGAAAAUAAGGCUAAGUCAGAUAUUUUAGAGAUCAGAAAAAGAAUUCAUAAUCAAUGUUUAAACAAUAGACUGUUGAAAAAGAGAUUCUGAAUGCUUCAUACAGUCCUUGGAUAUUGGCUGAAAUUAAAAGCAAUCUUAGUGGAGCAUUUUACCAACGCUGAUGGAAGCCAUAUCACUGUAUUUAGGUAUUCUCUGAAAGACUUGCAUUUGAAUAAACUGAAUAGUCCCCAAAUAAAGGAUAUAAAAAAAAAGAAGGAUAUAUAAAAUCUACGUUUUGUUAACAUGUCAAAAGCACAUGAAAUUUAUAAAGAUCCUCUUCCAUUCUUAUUAGCGAGACCGCUACCACCUAUAAUUCCUACAAAUCCUCUUACAUGGGUUCCCUAUAUUUAUUACUACUUUUUCAGCAGAACCCCUAAACAAAUUCCUGUACAAUGUACCGUGGACUCCAGUACACGCAGCUGCCUGGUAACAGAUAGAGAGGGUAUACAAAGACUAUGGACUAACGGAUUUUUUGGGAAAGGAAAUCUUUCUAGAAGUGAGCCUACAUGGCAGGUUCGUACAAAGCGAUCGCUAGGUCUGUUAGGGUUGGACGAAGACUUAGUGGCUGAAGAAAUAACUGCAAGGAGAAGAUUGCAAAGAAAGAGAUUUAAAGCACAACGAGCAUACAGGGAGCAGUGUGCUCGUGAACGCCAAUUGUGUAUUGAACGUAAUGAAGAAAUUCCAGAUCACCUCAAAGAGGAUGCUGAACUACCAAAAGAAUUGACAGACCCUAUCUCUUCAUCCGUAUCACCUCAAAAUCCCUUUCAAGUUACCGUUGUUCCCGAACUUGAACACCUGCAAUUGACAUUUCCAGAGGCAUUUUUCCUAUCUUCUUUAGGAAAUCUAACCGUUACUUCUUCGAUGAAAGAUACAUCUUCUAUCCCUUUACUCCGUUAUUUUGCUGAGAUUUCUGCUCAGAAUCCAGAUUAUUCUACCCAAUGUUCAAACAAAAAUGCGGGUGCUUCUUUUGGUCAACUUGAUGCUGCCGCUUACAUUCACCCAGAUAAUUCAUUUCUAGUAGAUCUUGCUGCUUACUAUUACUUUCGCCAACAAGGGUGGGUAGUAAAAGGAGGAACAAAAUUUUCAGUGGAUUAUCUUCUUUAUAAGAGAGGACCUGUGUUCAGUCAUGCUGAGUUAGCUAUUUUGGUACUCCCUUGCGUGGGUAAUUCUCAGAAACGAAAUCUGAAAUGGCAUGAACUUCACUGUCUUAACCGGACGGUUGGUCAAGUAAAGAAGACUCUUGUACUAUGCUAUGUUCACUGUCCAACACCGGAAAUUAUGAAUGACCUUUGGCAACAUCAAAAGAAUAUGGAUCAAUGGGAAUGGUCAAAAUUAAUCCUUAGUUACUAUACUAUUCAGUGCGUGUCAUUGCGUCGCUGGGUUCCUGACAGAAAUAGGGAUUAAAGAGAAUAAGAAGAUUCAAAUUACCAUCAAUGAAAUUAGCGGAUAAUAGUCGUUUUUUUAAGGAAGUAUUUGAUUGUAAAUAUCGAGCAUUGAAGUAUACCAUGCCUGAACCUUUCUCUUUGCAUCAUCACCUGGAGAACGCAUAUUCAUAGAUUUACGUAAAUUGUUCGACUUUUUCUGUAAAUCUAUAUGUUCCUUUUCAAGUGUUGAACAAUUUUUCUUCAGUUGCUCGAGGUGAAGUUCAUCUCUUUCCAAUUGAAUAUUGGUUGAUUUUAUGGAAUUAUCGGUCUCGAAAAUUUCUUGUUUUAACAAAGGUAUUUUUUCUUCUAAAUCUGGAAGAGCGGGUAUGUUGGUUGUGUCAUCUUGGUCUAAGCUCUGUAACUCUUUCUCAAGUAUUCUGU